AUGGAGACAGAAUACUCUAAGAGAGUGUACCAGGGAGUCCGAGUCAAGCACACAGUCAAAGACCUGCUGGCGGAGAAACGAUCCCGACAGACAAAUGGGCCCAGAUACAGUGGAGGAUCGACCACUCCACCUUCAUUUGUCCAGAUGCCAGGGUCCCACAUGCUGCCCAGCUACUACGGCAUGAGGCGUCCCUUCAUCUCAGACUCAGACUUCUGCCCGUCCACCAAGCAGUUCUCCCCCGACGUCUACUCGUCGACGCUGGGCGGUAAACCUCUGGGCUGCGAGCCCUCCGCCAUGACCAGCUACUCCUCCCUCAUUGACAGCUACUACCCAGAGACCUUUGGCGAUUACCGCAGCGCUGCGGCCUUCUCCAGCUCCGGAGGGUCCUUCCUGCCAUCAUCGGCCCUCUCAUCCCUGCUGCCCCCCUUCGGUGGAGAGUCUUCGCAUUUAUUUCUAAGAGACUCCUGGGAGCAGUCUGUUCCAGAGUCAGUAUCCCAGGUGGAGACUCUGUGUCCGGACAGCCUGGCCUCCGUCAGUGUCCCACCCUCCAUGCCCAGCCCAGAACCCCCAGGGAGCCCCACGCAGUACCGCUCUCCCAGCCGCGGCUCCUCCAUGGGCCCCAUCUCCAGCAGCCAGCCCUACACCCUGCACCCCCUGGAAGACGCCCACUACCACGCCCUGACCACCAGCAGCUCCUACCCGGUCCCAUCCACAUCAUUCCCCUGCCCCCCCUACAUGAGCAGCCCUGUCAGCGACCUGGUGUCCAAGAUGGUGACGGAGGAGGCGGCCGACAGCCAUACCGGCCUCCCUCCCAAUGGCGAGGCUCCGUCCUGCUGGGCCAAAGAGGACGGCGUGAGCUCCUGGUCUCCCUACGAGAUCAGGAGGGCCUACUGACCGGAGGACGGACUGAGGUUGAGAAUUUAGGUUUCACAGACAAUGAAACAAUGACCUCAACAAGCACUUGACAAUUUACAAAGAGAGGAUUCAAGUUUGAAUAUGUUGGUAGGAGCCUAUGAUGACCACGGUGGCCAUAUUACAGCCUGAUCUGAUGGGAAACUCCUACUUAUUUGUAAGAAAGCAUGUGUGUCUUUUUUGUUUAAUUUGUAUGUAAAAGAGUGAUCAGUAUGGACUUGAUCAUAAACAAAUUCCACCAUAAGCCUUAAAACUGAAAAACAUACAAAGAUUAAGUGAUGUAGUAUGUAAAUAUGUGACCAUGGUACAUGCUAAAGACCCUUAAACUUACAUGGUACUUGCACUCCCCGAGGGUACUUGUGCAGUUACCAGUGGGGACAGGGUAAGAUUGUGGAGUAGCUGAACUAAUAUGUAGCCAACAGUACAUACAGUAUGUCCACAUAUUUGUGUUUUGGUGAAAACAGACAUACAAGUAGCAUUUCAAAAUGGUGUGAGGCUGAUCCUCAGUAUAUUUAUUGCCAGAAUAACCAAUAAACCGCACAAGACAUUAGGUUCCUCUUCCUAAUGGCAUUUACACUUAAUUUUCUGAACGAAAAGAAAUAAUCAGUGACAAGAAAGAUAGGUGGUUGGUCUCAUUUCCAGGUUGUCAAAUACCGACACGUUUGGAAUGAGACUCAACAAUAAACUCUUUCUUGGCUCUG